AUGGGAGCGCAGCAAUCCUACCUGGAGGUGUCCUGUCCCGGGUGUUACUGCCUCUUCAGGGACCCCGUCACCCUUCCCUGCAAACACAGUCUGUGCCAGGAAUGCCUGCCCUUGCGUGGAGAGGGAGGGGAGGAUGCUGUGGCGUGUCCCGUCUGUGGGGGCCGCAGCUCAGGGAACCCCAAAAACAACUCCUUCCUGCAACGCUCCGUGGAGGCCUACCUCCUGAAGAACAACGUCCAGCCCCACCCGCCUGUCGACCCCCUCUGCGCCUUACACCGGGAGAGGAGGCAGCUCUACUGUCGCCAAGACAGUGAGCCCAUCUGCGUGGUGUGCAUGUCAGCCAGACGGCACCGAGACCAUACUGUGUGCCCCUCAAGCGAGAAAGUGGAGGAGCUAAAGGAGGAGCUCCAGGCUGCUAUGGAAGAGUUGAAAGUCAAGCUGAAGACUCUUGGUCAAACCAGGGAUGAGGAGAACAAAAUGGCCGAGCUCAUCAAGAGUCAAGCACAGCACACGGAGGAACAUAUUAAGGCAGAGUUUCAGAAGCUCCACCAGUUCCUGCAAGAAGAGGAGGAGGCCAGACUAGCUGCACUGAGGGUGGAAGAGGAGCUUAAGAGUCAGGUGAUGAAGGAGAGGAUAGAAAACCUCACCAAAGAGAUGAUGUCCCUGGCAAUCCUGGUCCGAGAGCUCCAACAGGAGAUGGAAACUGACGACUUCUCCUUCAUCAAGAAUUUUCACAACACCAAAAGCAGAGCCCAGUGCACACUGCAGGAUCCAGAGCUGCUGUCAGGGGCUCUGAUAGAUGUGGCCAAACACCUGGACAAUCUGAGGUUCAGAGUCUGGGAGAAGAUGCUGGGGAUGGUGCAGUACACUCCUGUGACUCUGGACCCCAACACCGCAGCCCCCUGGCUCUCUCUGUCUGAUGAUCUGACCAGUGUGAGAUGCAGCGAAACUCUUCAACAGCUUCCAGGCAAUCCGGAGAGGUCUGACUUCAGUCUGUGUGUGCUGGGCUCUGAGGGGUUUACCUCAGGAAAACACAGCUGGGAGGUAGAGGUGGGGAACAAACCCACAUGGACUAUAGGAGUGGUGAAAAAGUCCAUCAACAGGAAGGGUGUAAUUACACACCGUCCAGAGAGAGGACUCUGGGUUGUAUCUCUGCAGAAAAGUACAUAUCAAGCCUGCACUUUCCCAGGCACUCCUCUUAAUCUGAAGAGGAAACCCCAGAGGAUCAGGGUGCAGCUGGACUAUGACAGGGGGAAGGUGUCCUUCUGUGACCCCAGUGACAUGUCACACAUCUACACUUUUAAAGACACAUUUACUGAGAGACUUUUCCCUUAUUUCUCUCUUGGUGAUUUAUACAAUGAUGGAAGUGACUACAGAGCCUUGCAGCUCUGCCGAGAGGAGGUGUCUAUAACACUGACGGAGGGUGAGGGCUGA